GCUAUUCUUGCUGGCUGGUGCCCCAGGGCCUGGAGAGGUCUGAAGAGACCUGGGAGCCAGCAGCCCUGGGCUCCGCUCUGGGUUCUGAAAGCGCAUUCCCUGCUCUGAGGCACCUCCCACCCCACCUCUUCUCAGCCUUGCAGCUCAAGGGUUGAUCUCAGGAGUCCAGGACCCAGGAGAGGGAAGAAUCUGAGGAACACAGAUCAGUGAGCGUUGCCCGCACCCCAUCCCUCGUCACCACAUCUCCCCUCACCCUCACCCUCCCUGCCUGGCCCUGGGCCCUUUCCCAGCACCUCCCUCUCAGCUGACUUCUUCCAGUGUCUCGCAGGCCCCUCUGGGCUCCUCCCUCCCCUGGCUUUUCCUGCCACUCUCCGUCUAUCGGCCUCUAUCUGCAGGUGCCCUGGGAUUUAUAAAACUGGGUUCUGAAUGCUGAAUAAGAGACGGUAAGAGCCAAGGCAAAGGACAGCACUGUUCUCUGCCUGCCUGAUACCCUCACCACCCGUGAACAUCCCCCAGAGACCCCCCUUAACUCCGGGACAGAGAUGGCUGGCGGAGCCUGGGGCCGCCUGGCCUGUUACUUGGAGUUCCUGAAGAAGGAGGAGCUGAAGGAGUUCCAGCUUCUGCUCGCCAAUAAAGCGCACUCCAGGAGCUCUUCGGGUGAGACACCCACUCAGCCAGAGAAGACGAGUGGCAUGGACGUGGCCUCGUACCUGGUGGCUCAGUAUGGGGAGCAGCGGGCCUGGGACCUAGCCCUCCAUACCUGGGAGCAGAUGGGGCUGAGGUCACUGUGCGCCCAAGCCCAGGAAGGGGCAGGCCACUCUCCCUCAUUCCCCUACAGCCCAAGUGAACCCCACCUGGGGUCUCCCAGCCAACCCACCUCCACCGCAGUGCUGAUGCCCUGGAUCCGUGAAUUGCCGGUGGGAUGCACCCAGGGCUCAGAGAGAAGGGUUUUGAGACAGCUGCCUGACACAUCUGGACGCCGCUGGAGAGAAAUCUCUUCCUCACUCCUCUACCAAGCUCUUCCAAGCUCCCCAGACCAUGAGUCUCCAAGCCAGGAGUCACCCAGCGCCCCCACAUCCACAGCAGUGCUGGGGAGCUGGGGAUCCCCACCUCAGCCCAGCCUAGCACCCAGAGAGCAAGAGGCUCCUGGGACCCAAUGGCCUCUAGAUGAAACGUCAGGAAAUUACUACACAGAAAUCAGAGAAAGAGAGAUAGAGAAAUCAGAGAAAGGCAGGCCCCCAUGGGCAGUGGCGGUAGGAACACCCCCAGAGGUGCACGCCAGCCUACAGCCCCACCGCCACCCAUGGGAGCCUUCUGGGAGAGAGAGCCUCUGUUCCACAUGGCCCUGGAAAAAUGAGGAUUUGAACCAAAAAUUCACACAGCUGCUACUGCUACAAAGACCUCACCCCAGAAGCCAAGAGCCCCUGGUCAAGGAAAGCUGGCCUCGUGAUGUGGAGGAGGAUCGAGGACAUUUAAUUGAGAUCAGAGACUUAUUUGGCCCAGGCCUGGAUACCCAAGAACCUCGCAUAGUCAUACUGCAGGGGGCUGCUGGAAUUGGGAAGUCAACACUGGCCAGGCAGGUGAGGGAAGCCUGGGGGAGAGGCCAGCUGUAUGGGGACCGCUUCCAGCAUGUCUUCUACUUCAGCUGCAGAGAGCUGGCCCAGUCCAAGGUGGUGAGUCUCGCUGAGCUCAUUGGAAAAGACUGCACAGCUGCUCAGGCUCCCAUUAGACAGAUCCUGUCUAGGCCAGAGCGGCUGCUCUUCAUCCUCGAUGGUGUAGAUGAGCCAGGGUGGGUCUUACAGGAGCCGAGUUCCGAGCUCUGUCUGCACUGGAGCCAGCCGCGGCCAGUGGAUGCACUGCUGGGCAGUUUGCUGGGGAAAACCAUACUUCCUGAGGCUUCGUUCCUGAUCACAGCUCGGACCACAGCUCUGCAGAAUCUCAUUCCUUCUUUGGAGCAGGCACGUUGGGUAGAGGUCCUGGGGUUCUCUGAGUCCAGCAGGAAGGAAUAUUUCUACAAAUAUUUCACAGAUGAAAGGCAAGCAAUUACAGCCUUUAGGUUGGUCAAAUCAAACAAAGAACUCUGGACCCUGUGUCUCGUGCCCUGGGUGUCCUGGCUGGCCUGCACUUGCCUGAUGCAGCAGAUAAAGCGGAAGGAAAAACUCACACUGACUUCCAAGACCACCACGACCCUCUGUCUGCGUUACCUUUCCCAGGCUCUCCAAGCUCAGCCAUUGGGACCCCAGCUCAGAGACCUCUGCUCUCUGGCUGCUGAAGGCAUCUGGCAAAAAAAGACCCUUUUCAGUCCAGAUGACCUCAGGAAGCAUGGGUUAGAUGUGGCCAUUAUCUCCACCCUCUUGAAGAUGGGUAUUCUUCAAGAGCACCCCAUCCCUCUCAGCUACAGCUUCAUUCACCUCUGUUUCCAGGAGUUCUUUGCAGCAAUGUCCUAUGCCUUGGAGGAUAAGAAGGGGAGAGGUAAACAUUCUAAUUGCAUCAUACAUUUGGAAAAGUUGCUAGAAGCAUAUGGAACACAUGGCCUGUUUGGGGCACCAACCACACGUUUCCUAUUGGGCCUGUUAAGUGAUGAGGGGGAGAGAGAGAUGAAGAACAUCUUUCACUGCCGGCUGUCUCAGGGGAGGAAACUGAUGCACUGGGUCCCGUCCCUGCAGCCGCUGCUGCAGCCACACUCUCUGGAGUUCCUCCACUGUUUGUACGAGACUCAGAACAAAACGUUCCUGACACAAGUGAUGGCCCAUUUCCAAGAAAUGGGCAUGUGUGUAGAAACAGACAUGGAGCUCCUAGUGUGCACUUUCUGCAUUAAAUUCAGCCCCCACGUGAAGAAGCUUCAACUGAUUGAGGGCAGACAGCACAGACCAGCAUGGAGCCCCACCAGGGUAGUCCUGUUCAGGUGGGCCCCAGUCACAGAUGCCUAUUGGCAGAUUCUCUUCUCCGUCCUCAAGGUCACCAGAAACCUAAAGGAGCUGGACCUAAGUGGAAACUCGCUGAGCCACUCUGCAGUGAAGAGUCUUUGUAAGACCCUGAGAUGCCCUCGCUGCCUCCUGGAGACCCUGUGGUUGGCUGGCUGUGGCCUCACAGCUCAGGACUGCAAGGACCUUGCCUCUGGGCUGAGAGCCAACCAGACCCUGACCGAGCUGGACCUGAGCUUCAAUGUGCUCAGGAAUGCUGGAGCCAAACACCUUUGCCAGACACUGAGAUGGCCGAGCUGCAAGCUACAGCGACUGCAGCUGGUCAGCUGUGGCCUCACGUCUGGCUGCUGCCAGGACCUGGCCUCGAUGCUCAGCACCAGCUCCAGCCUGAUGGAGCUAGACCUGCAGCAGAACAACCUGGGUGACGCUGGCAUGCGACUGCUCUGUAAGGGGCUCAGGCAUCCUGCCUGCCAACUCACAAGCCUGGGGAAACCAAGUGUGAUGAUCCCUAUUGAGAGCCUAGAUGCAGGAGAGACAAGUAAUAGCACGUCCUCACUCAAGCGGCAGAGACUCGGAUCAGAGACGGAGUCUUCCCACGUUGCUCAGGCUGAUCUCAAACCCCUGGACUGGAGCAAUCCUCCUGCCAAGGCCUCCCAAAGUGCUGUGAUUGCAGAGGGAAACGCCCCAGAGGUAGCACAGGUGGAACCCUUGUGCCUGCCUUCUCCUGCCUCUCAGGGCGACCUGCUUACGAAGGCUUUGGGGACUGACGAUGACUUCUGGGGCCCCACAGGGCCUGUGGCUACUGAGAUAGUUGACAAAGAAAGGAGCCUGUACCGAGUUCACUUCCCUGUGGCUGGCUCCUACCACUGGCCCAACACGGGUCUCUGCUUUGUAGUGAGAGAAGCGGUGACCAUUGAGAUUGAAUUCUGUGUGUGGGACCAGUUCCUGGGUGAGAUCAACCCACAGCACAGCUGGAUGGUGGCAGGGCCUCUGCUGAACAUCAAGGCUGAGCCUGGAGCCGUGGAAGCUGUGCACCUCCCUCACUUUGUGGCUCUCCAAGGGGGCCAUGUGGACACAUCCCUGUUCCAAGUGGCCCACUUUAAAGAGGAGGGGAUGCUCCUGGAGAAGCCAGCCAGGGUGGAGCUGCAUCACAUAGUUCUGGAAAACCCCAGCUUCUCCCCCUUGGGAGUCCUCCUGAAAAUGAUCCAUAAUGCCCUGCACUUCCUUCCCAUCACCUCCAUGGUGUUGCUUUACCACCGCCUCCAUCCUGAGGAAAUCACCUUCCACCUCUACCUGAUCCCAAGUGACUGCUCCAUUCGGAAGGCCAUAGAUGAUGAAGAAAUGAAAUUCCAGUUUGUGCGAAUCCACAAGCCACCCCCGCUGACCCCACUUUAUAUGGGCUGUCGUUACACUGUGUCGGGGUCUGGUUCUGGUUCAGGGAUGCUGGAAAUACUCCCCAAGGAACUGGAGCUCUGCUAUCGAAGCCCUGGAGAAGACCAGCUGUUCUCAGAGUUCUACGUUGGCCACUUGGGAUCAGGGAUCAGGCUGCAAUUGAAAGACAAGAAAGAUGAGACUCUGGUGUGGGAGGCCUUGGUGAAACCAGGAGAUCUCAUGCCUGCAACUACUCUGGUGCCUCCAGCCUGCAUAGGCUUACCUUCACCUCUGGAUGCCCCACGGUUGCUGCACUUCGUGGACCAGUAUCGAGAGCAACUGAUAGCCCGAGUGACAUCGGUGGAGGUUGUCUUGGACAAACUGCAUGGACAGGUGCUGAGCCAGGAGCAGUACGAGAGGGUGCUGGCUGAGGACACCAGGCCCAGCCAGAUGCGGAAGCUGUUCAGCUUGAGCCAGUCCUGGGACCGGAGGUGCAAAGAUGGACUCUACCAAGCCCUGAAGGAGACCCAUCCUCACCUCAUUAUGGAACUCUGGGAGAAGGGCAGCAAAAAGGGACUCCUGCCACUCAGCAGCUGAAGUAUGAACACCAGCCCUUGAGUCCUGGCUUUGCCUGACCCUUCUUUGGGUCUCAGUUUCUUUCUCUGCAAACAAGUUACCAUCUGAUUUGCCUUCCAGCACUAAAGUAAUGGAACUUUGAUGAUGCCUUUGCUGGGCAUUAUGUGUCCAUGCCAGGGAUGCCACAGGGGGCCCCAGUCCAGGUGGCCUAACAGCAUCUCAGGGAAUGUCCAUCUGGAGCUGGCAAGACCCUUGCAGACCUCAUAGAGCCUCAUCUGGUGGCCAUAGCAGCCAAGCCUAGAGACCUCCGGAUCCCAUCCAGACACAAAGAGGAAUAGGAGGGACACGGAACCGUUUGCCUCUGGCUGUGUCACAGGGUGAGCCCCAACAUUGGGGUUCAGCAUGGGAGGCCACGUGGAUUCUUGGCUUUGUACAGGAAGAUCUACAAGAGCAAGCCGACAGAGUAAAGUGGAAGGAAGUUUAUUCAGAAAAUAAAGGAGUAUUACAGCUCUUUUAGAAUUUGCCCAGCAGGCUUUCCAGUUUUUACCAGAAAACCCCUAUAAAUUAAAAUUUUUUUACUUAUAUUUUUAAAUUUAAGAAUUAAAAAAAUAUAAAAAUGAAAAUAAAGGAAUAAAAAGUUGCCUACUCCAUAGGCACAGCAGCCCCGAGUGGCUGCUGGUUGG